AUGUCGGCCCACGCAGUGAAAAGAAGGAGGCUCAGCCCCUCACCUGCAAAUUCUAAUUCUCUACCCCAGUCGAAAGCCUCAGAUGCGACUCCGAUGAGCUCGAAAGAAGAGACCUCCAAAACAACUCAAUCCGUUGCGCGCAAGGAUGACCCUUUGACCAAGAGUCACCCAGGGCGUAAAGGCAAUGAAGAUGGAUCUGCAGAGCUGGCCAUGGCCAGUGGAUUCUACAAGUCUAGCUUCUUCAAAUUGCAGAUGGACGAGUUGUUGACCGGAUUAAGACCGAACUACGAAAAGCAAAUCUCAAAGCUCCAGGAUACUCUGCACAAGUUGAAGGAUACAAUCGAAAAUCUACCCGACAAGGAAUCCAAAUCUGUGGCCGAAGCCGAGAAGGAACUGCGCACAGUCUCUGAGACCGUAAUUCCGUGGCCUGAACCUCGACCUGCUAAGGAUGCUAAAUACACCAUGGCGUACGCCAAGCCCGCAAAUAUCAAUGUGGUGGGAAGUGUCGUUUUGAAAACUGGAGCCAAGACAGCAGACUCUCGACCGGUCGAUCUGGCUGUGACGAUGCCCAGCUCUAUCUUCCAGGAGAAGGACUACGUCAACUAUCGCUAUUUUCACAAGAGGGCAUACUAUAUUGCUUGCCUCGCCGCUGGAAUACAGAAACCAAUGGAUGCUCUUGGCCUCGACAUCAAGUUCGGAUUCCAGGACGGUGACAGUCUUCGUCCUCUGAUUCUGCUGGAGCCUCGUUCAACCUCGAAAAGCGACCCGACUCCGCAGCCGCAGAUUCGGAUCCUGACUGCUAUUGAACCGACUCUAUUCCCAAUCACCCGGACACUUCCGAUAAGAAGCAACGUUCGUCAAGCCUCAAAGGACCAGUCGGAAGCUGGUGAACCCACUCCAUAUUACAAUGCUAGCCUGCGUUCUGAGGCCGCUGUCUCUCUUUAUCACAAAUACGUUCAUUCAACCGCCCAGAAAUGCGAAUCGUUCCGCGAUGCUUGUGUCCUCGGGCGUACUUGGCUACAGCAACGUGGCUUUCACACUUCUUUUCAAAACGGAGGAUUUGGAGGCUUUGAAUGGGCAGCACUCGUCUCUCUCCUGUUCGAGGGCGGCGGUCCAAACGGUCAACCGAUUCUCUUGCGGUCGUAUAGUAGCUACCAGAUAUUCAAAGCUACUAUGCAGUUUUUGGCUGGCAGGGAUUUGACCACACCCUUGCUUCUUUUCGCAAGCGACGUUCCCGUUCCUGAUGGGGGUCCUGUAUUGUAUGAUGGCCGGAGAGGGUUGAAUCUUCUGUACAAGAUGACUAUCUGGUCUUACGCAGCGCUUCGACAUGAAUCGUCAAUCACCCUGAAGAUGCUCAAUGAAUCUCGCGAGGAUAACUUCGACCGAGUCUUCAUUGUUAAGGUUGACGAACCGGCGUUGCGGUUCGAUCGCCUCAUCUCGUUCCCCAAGGUAUUCAACGGCGAUACCCUUCGUGCUGUUCGCGAGCAGAACACCUUAUACACCACACUUUCCAAGGCUCUUGGAGACCGUGUCAAGCUUAUCUCUCUUGCGAGCCAAAGUGCCGAGUCUUGGUCCAUUCGAGCAAAAGCCCUGACUAAGAAAGCGAGUCAUAGCCUAUCCGUGGGUCUUCUACUCGAUGCGGAUAACGUCAGUCGGGUGGUUGAUCACGGUCCCGCUGCAGAGGAGAAAGAGGAGGCAGCCUCGUUCCGAGACUUCUGGGGCAAUAAGUCGGAGCUUCGGCGAUUCAAGGAUGGCAGUAUUCUGGAGAGUCUGGUUUGGUCUGACCAGCCGUCCGAGGGGUCCAUUGUGCUUCAGAUCUUGACUUACAUCCUCCAACGGCACUUUCAAAUCACUGAGGAUGACUUUUCUUUCACUGGAGAUGAAUAUGAUGAGAUGCUCCUUGACGAAGGUGAUGGUAUUUUGGCGUAUUCCAGCCCUCCUUUCCAAUCCAUCAAAGAAGCGUUCAGUGACCUUGAGAGAUCCAUUGGAAACAUGGAGGAAGUCCCUCUGACCAUUCGGCACCUAGCACCGGCUAGCCCACUGCUUCGUUACACUGCGCUUCGAGUGCAGGCUCCAGGUGGAGCUCAGGAACCGGCAGAUAUUGUUCUUCAAUUUGAAAGCUCUUCACGCUGGCCCGAUGACUUCGCAGCAAUCCAGAUGACCAAAGCCGCUUUCUUGCUGAAAAUUGGCGACUCUUUGGAGUCAUCGGGUGCCGCUUCAUCAUGCCGUGUGGGCCUGGAAAACGAAUCCAGCAAGGUGCUGAACAAUGUGUACCUGGAUAUUGCCCAUACCUCCGGUUUCCUCUUUCGGCUCAGGAUCCACCAUGAUCGCGAGCAAACACUUCUUGAACGUCAACUGAAAGACAAGGGCAUCAACCCCCGAGAAAGGGAAGAGAUUGCGUACGCUCUUUUCACAUAUAAACGGCUCUUUGUGCAGGCUCCACGUCUGACUCAAGCACUUCGAAGUCUCUGCACUCGCCUUCCCUUGCUGUCCCCUACAGUCCGCCUGGUCAAACAUUGGUUUAAUUCUCAUCUAUUCUCGGCUCGCAUCUGCGAUGAAUUGAUUGAGCUACUGACGGUUCGGGCCUUUACGCAACCUGACCCUUGGGACUGCCCUUCGAGUGUCAUGACUGGGUUCCUGCGUACUCUCCACUUUCUCUCCCGCUGGGAUUGGCAACAAGAGCCGUUCAUCGUUGACCUGAGUGGAGAUCUGACCCCGCAGAUGACCGAGACCAUCCGCACUCGAUUUACUGCCUGGCGCAAUAUUGACCCUGCAAUGAAUACCGUUGCCCUAUUUGUCGCGUCAGACAUCGAUACUGACGGCGUGACCUGGACCCAGUAUGAGAUGCCCUCGAAGGUCGUGGCUGGCCGUAUCUCCACCCUGGCGAAAGCAGCAGUCAGCUUACUCCGAAAGGAGAGCCACGAUCUUGAUAUAACAGAUCUCUUCCAGACAUCGCUUGCUCCUUACGACUUUGUUAUCAAUCUGCGUCCGAAAUUCUCAGGCGAUCGUUCCGCCUCCAAAUAUAAGAAUCUGGUUGAUGGGGCCUCCAACCAGCCCAGUGCGCUGGCGGUUGUGAAGUCAUUUGUGCACGAUGUUGAGGCAUGCUAUGGCCAAAGCGUCCUUCUCUUCCAUGGAGAUGAGCGAUGUGGCGUCAUUGCCGGUCUAUGGAAUCCGCAAACGCUGAAGCCACGGAAUUGGAACUUGAAAACGGCCUACUCGACAGCCCCGGCUGGCUCGACGGAGAGCGCAGGCCGCGUCUCAAUUAAUCAAAUGGCCAUUCUAAACGAGAUUGCUCGGCUGGGCGAAGGACUUAUUGAUACUGUCGACACGGGCAACUUGAAAGCAUAG